AUGACAGAUCAGCCUACACCUGCGAUGGUUGCCGCCAUUUUACGAGAUGUGGGGCUUUUGAAUGUGGAGAGUGAGGAAAAUAUAAGCGUGUGUGCCAUUUCUGGAGGCAACACAAAUCGUGUCUAUCGCGUGAGCCACACGGGAGCCACGGCGAGGGGGGGAACGCGGGACUUCCUCUUACGCCUUUUCGGUUAUGGAACUGAGGUCUUUAUCGAUCGACAACAAGAAGCACUGAUCUAUCGUGCUGUCUCGUCACAGGGACUAUGCCCAAAACUUCUUGCGACAUUUUCCGAGGGUCGCAUCGAAGAAUUCGUACCUGGUCAACCGCUGAGUGCCAAACAGUUCCGGUCCGGCGCCUUCUCGGCCCUGAUAGCCAGACAGCUUCGGGCAUUUCAUAGUAUUGCAGACGUCAAGGGCUUGCCAAAGCCAACCAUUCCACCUUUAAUCGCUCAGCUUCGCGCGUGGGCGACGAAAGCGAGAUCUGUGUGUGGCAGUGCCUGGGGAGGCAUCGACGUUGCAUCCCUGGAAGGAGAGGUCGAUCGGCUCGAAGCCCGUUUGCUUGCCGUCUCAAGCCCAGUAUGCCUCUGCCAUAAUGAUGUCAACCACUUGAACAUCCUCCUGCGCCCCACAAAGCUGGAGACCCCUGGACAAGGUACCUCGGAGGGGACAGAGAGCGAGAUCGCUGGCUGCCAUUCCAACGCUGGUUGCGCAGCGACCACGCCAGCCCUUGGCCCAGUAGCAGGCGACGAUAUCGUUUUCAUCGAUCUUGAAUAUGCUGGAUGGAAUUACCGUGGCUUUGACCUGGGUAAUCUUCUCUGCGAGUGGGCCAGUGACUUCCAAAGCCCCCACCCCUGCGAACUUGAUUUUUCUUCACACUACCCUACGACCGAGGAGCAAAAGCAUAUCGCGCGCGCUUACCUGGGAAGUGGAGCACAAGGGGAGGCAAUCGAAGCGCUGGUCAUUGAAAUGAAUGAGUUCGCUUUAGCAUCACAUUUGCUCUGGGGCAUGUGGGGUCUGAUCCAAUCGAAGAUGUCCACCUCCGAGUUUGAGUCAGUGAGCUAUGCACAGCAGCGGCUGGCGGCGUAUUUUGAAGGGAUGAGAAGACACCAGAGGCAACAAGGGUCUUAA